AUAUGAUAUAAUAACAGCAUACCGGACAUGUACAUCCUUCGUUACGGAUUCAUUGGGAAAAGUCCUUAUAAUCGUCAACGAAUAGACCUUUCCAGGGUGUAAAUCAAACUUAGCAACUGACCAAUCAGAACAAUGCUAGGAAUACGCCCGCGUCUCACAACAUCCGGACAAUGUAGUUCCUUACCGAUUCUUUGUUGGAGCAUGUGUGGGAGAAGUCCUCGAACAGUUUAACGAAUUGGUGUAUCGCAGAGAGUCAUAUUCACGUCGCCACACAGUAAGCAAUUCGACGAGGUCAACCUAAUAAUAUUAGUAGAAAACGUUGGAUGAACGUUCCAAGAAAGAUGCGAAUAUGCGGCUUUACGUUAAUUAUAUGUAUUUUAAGCAUUCCUACGCAUACUGCGGCAGCAGAGAAUAUACUGAUCUUGCCGGGCAUGGAAACAGGCAGCCAUUUCCUCUUUAUGAAAAUCGUCGGAAAAGCGUUGCUUGACAGAGGGCAUUACGUGACAUUCAUCUUAGGAGAAGAUCAUGUAAAUGAUUUAAAUCAUGCUUUUUCGGUGCAACGCUUUACAACGAAUGUCACCGUUCAAACAUGGAAGACAUUUUGGAAUAAUCUUGCCAUUGCUAAUUCAAGAGGAGAGCAUAUUCAUCCGCUGUCUUACAACAAUUCGCAAAUGAAGACAUUGGUCUACGACGGUUGCCAUGCCAUUUUGAGAGAUAGUACAUUUAUGAACAAUUUGAAAACUAGUCCGACGAAUUAUAGCGUGAUAAUUGGUGAUAUUCUGAAUCCAUGUGCACCGAUAUUAUCUCUUUAUCUAUCGAUUCCUCUAGUUGAGGUUGCUACUGGAUCAAUCACAGCCAAUCUUGUGUACUUAUCAACCCAUACAGUCGAUGCCUCUUUCUUUCCCACUGAUAGCAGGCGCCCAACAGUUGCGCCAUUACAUAUCCAUCAACACGCUCUUAAAAGUACGCGUAUUUUAAUCGCUACGUUACACUAUCAGAGAGCGGUAUUAACGAAUUUCGAUAAUUUGAAAUCUAAAUACAAUAUUAGAUCAGAUAUUUCGAUCUAUACGGCCAUGUCUAGAGCAAAAUUAUGGCUGUUUAAUAUCGAUACUAGCUUAGAGGUUGGACGUCCAUCAAUGCCAAAUUCUGUUUUCGUUGGAGGCAUAACGGCGAAGGAGCCAAAAUCGUUACCAAAGGAUAUGGAGAAAUUUAUGCUAAAUUCAGGAGACAAAGGAGUUGUUGUGGUCUCCCUCGGGUCAUAUUUCAAUGACAUGGACAAACAAAUCUCGGACAUAUGGGCAUCUGCUUUUGGACGACUUGAUCAAAAAGUUUUUUGGAGUUACUCGGGUACGCCACCAUCCACACUGGGUGAUAAUACGUUAUUAGUUAAAUCCAUACCACAGAAUGAUAUUUUAGGUCAUUACAAGACAAAGUUAUUUGUGACGCACGCAGGGUUGAACGGAGUUUACGAAGCUAUAUACCACGCGGUACCAAUGGUCUGUAUUCCGUUCAGUGGCGACCAAUUCAACAACGCAAAACGAGUCACCAUGAGAGAUCUUGGAAUACGUAUAGAAGCUCACGGUCUGACGUCAGACAUUCUUUAUAAUGCAAUGAUAGAGGUACUAGAGAACCCAAAGUACAAGAUUGAGAUACGAUAUAGGUCUGAGAUUCUCAAAGGUAAAAACAUGCCAGCACCACAGAGGGCGGCCUUCUGGAUCGAGCAUGUUGCCAAACAGGGAUACAACGACGAAAAUGAAUCAGCAUUACAUAAUUUAUGGGAUAAAUACAUGCUGAGUUUAUGGCUGAGGCUGGUUUUCAUAGUAAUACUUGUUGUGAUUGCCACUCUGUUUAUUAUAAAGUGUUUUAUAAUGUCUUGUAGACGGGUGUAUAGAUACAAUAUAUUCCGAAGUCUGCGAAGAAGACUGGCUGCAAGACGAGCUAUUAAGUAUUCUCCAUGAACAAAGAAUGAGCCGCACAUAAACCCAAAUGUUUUUAUACAAAUGAUUAUUCUGAUUUGUUUUAUUCGAUAAAAAAAUUGGAAAUCCAUGUCACGUUACACUUCUAAAACAUUGACAUCAUAUAGGAUUAAUAGUUUACAUUUAACUUUAAUCGGAAUAACGUCACCUACGGCAUUUUUCGUUUUGUUUAACGGGUAUACACAAUAGGCCUUUAUCAAUAAUAACUAUAUUACCAAAACAAAAAUUGUUUAUUAUGUGGUAUCUAAAUAGAGGAGAAAAAAAAAAUCAGUUUAAAGUUGGAAAGGUAAACAGCAAAAUACAGUAAUUUUAAAGAGAAAAGGCAGACUACGCCCCAUGUCUUUCUAAAUAAAUUAUAAAAUUUAACAAAAUAUUAUAAACUACAAGCUUAAAAACGUUUAACCUUUGUAUUUAAUAUUAAUUGAUUUGUAAGUUUAAUUAUGCAUAACCAUAGAAAACACAAUACUAACAGAUAGAUAAAUAAGAACCAGUUCCGCAUGGCUCUCAACUGAAAGGGAGCUUUAAUUUGUAGUUAUGUCCUAUGUAAUUAUUUUUUCAUAAUCAUGUAAAAAGCUAUUUAUUAUUUCAUACGGGCAUCAUCAUCGUUUUUUUUUUUUUUUAUCUUUUAAAUGCCAUAUUUUCAUUGUUUUGUCCAUUAUGAGGCUGCUUAACAGACACUUCCUUAUUUAUUACUUUCUUCAGUAUUAGGCUGCACAUCUAGGCCUAUUUCAUUGUAGUUUAAGCAGGUUUAUUUUUCCUAUGCAAGCAACAGAGGCUACAUUCAGACUUGGAGAUAAUCCGGGCUUGAGUUAAGCCCGGCUUAACUUUGCCGGGCGUUCAGAUUAGCGGGAUUAGCCAGGCGCGAGAAUUUGCAUAAAAAUGAACCGUGUUUCAAAACAUUGCUCGCGAAACGUACGCUAGCUCACAGCGUACAUAAUUGAAUGCUGAUUUGUCAUGUUGUUACCCGAAGUCAAUUCAAGACCCCCCGCAGCGAUUAAAGUCCGGCUUAGAAAAGGUGGCACGCCAGGCCUAGUUACUAUAGGAACACAGCUUGGCUUGAGAUAAGCCACCUAGUUGAGACUGGCAGGUGGAUAAACCCGGUGAGUUGAGCCGGGUUUAUCCACUAGUCUGAACUAGGCAUGCCAGAGUUAAGUCCGGGCAUUCACUGCAUUCCAUAAAAAACGUACGCGCGCGCAACUGAUCGUAAGUAAAACUCUUCAUGAACCAUUCGUUUUUAGCAAUAAUGUUUCUAUACCACGCUAUUUCAUUAUAAAUUUCUAGUGAUCACAGUGCACACUUAGAAUAUGGCUUCGUUAUUGCAAUACUGUAUUAUGUUUUAAAUCUUGCCGAUUAUCUAGGCCAAACUAGAGUACUGAUGAUAAAUAUUUUAAGAAUAUUAUGCCGUUACGUAAAUUCGUAUGCACUCGACACAAGCUAUAUAUAUUUUGUAAAUGAAAAGUUUAAUAAUAACGUAAAUAAUUAAAAUAUCUGUACUAAGGAACAAUUGAUAAAUUUAGCAAAAUUAUUAGACUGGUAUUACAGUACCCAGAGUACCAUAGUGUGUUAAACACUUUACUACUGUACGUGUUAAUCACUGGUGCUUUUAAGUUACUAAAAGAAACUACAAAAACGACAACAAUAACUGAUAUUUGAUAAGUUAAGCUAAUUUGUUGUAGGCCAACAUUAACGCAUGAGCUUUGCUCUUGGACAUUAUGAAGCAUUCAUCAGCGACUUAAAAUUGCUUCUUAUAGCCUACAACUUCAACAUCUAUUUAUUUUUAGUUUAGCAUAAAAAUAAUAUUUAUUUAUCAACAAACUAGUGU